AACCCUUUGACUAACACCUUGGCUGUACCCUUUACCGGGUGCCAUGUGAAACGGAGUGACCGCUACAGCCUGCAGUUGUUGUACGUCAACGCGUUUGAUCAGACACAAGUUGCUACCGCAUCUUGUGAGAGAAGCCCGAAGGUUGACCCAGGCGUAUUUCCUCGCUCCAGUGGCCAAUCCUAUCCCACAUUUAAGCGCAUUGAGCCAAUCCGAGCGCGGCCCCAACGGCCUGCAUGUCCGCAACGGCCUGGCUCGCACCAAGAACCUUCAUUGCCUCUAGGGCCUGGCUCGCCGCAAGGGCCUUCUUACCCGCAACAGCCUGGCUCACCCCUAGGGCCUGGGUCACCCCAAGGGCCUUCAUCCCCACAACAGCCUGGCUCGCCCCAAGAACCUUCAUUGCCCCUAGGGCCUGGGACACCACAAGGGCCUGGCUCGCCCCAAGAACCUUCAUUGCCCCUAGGGCCUGGCUCGCCCCAACAGCCUGGGUCACCCCUAGGGCCUGGCUCACCCCAAGGGCCUUCAUCCCCACAACAGCCUGGCUCACCCCAAGAGCCUUCAUUGCCCCUAGGGCCUGGCUCGCCCCAACAGCCUGGCUCACCCCUAGGGCCUGGCUCGCCCCAAGAACCUUCAUCCCCACAAGAACCUUCUUUGCCCCUAGGGCCUGGGACACCACAAGGGCCUGGCUCGCCCCAAGAACCUUCAUUGCCCCUAGGGCCUGGCUCGCCCCAAGAACCUUCAUUGCCCCUAGGGCCUGGCUCGCCCCAACAGCCUGGGUCACCCCUAGGGCCUGGCUCACCCCAAGGGCCUUCAUCCCCACAACAGCCUGGCUCACCCCAAGAGCCUUCAUUGCCCCUAGGGCCUGGCUCGCCCCAACAGCCUGGCUCACCCCUAGGGCCUGGCUCGCCCCAAGAACCUUCAUCCCCACAAGAACCUUCUUUGCCCCUGGGGCCUGGCUCGCCCCAACAGCCUGGCUCGCCCCAACAGCCUGGGUCACCCCAAGAACCUUCAUUGCCCCUAGGGCCUGGGUCACCACAAGGGCCUGGCUUGCCCCAAGAACCUUCAUCCCCACAACAGCCUGGCUCACCCCUAGGGCCCAGCUUGCCGCAAGGGCCUUCAUCCCCACAACGGCCUGGCUCGCCCCAAGAACCUUCAUUGCCCCUAGGGCCUGGGUCGCCCCAAGGGCCCCAACAGCCCCAACAGCCUGGCUCGCCCCUGGGGCCCGGCUUGCCGCAAGGGCCUUCAUCCCCACAACAGCCUGGCUCGCCCCAAGAACCUUCAUUGCCCCUAGGGCCUGGAUCGCCCCAACAGCCUGGGUCGCCCCAACAGCCUGGGUCACCCCAAGAACCUUCAUUGCCCCUAGGGCCUGGGUCACCACAAGGGCCUGGCUUGCCCCAAGAACCUUCAUCCCCACAACAGCCUGGCUCACCCCUAGGGCCCAGCUUGCCGCAAGGGCCUUCAUCCCCACAACAGCCUGGCUCGCCCCAAGAACCUUCAUUGCCCCUAGGGCCUGGGUCGCCCCAAGGGCCCCAACAGCCCCAACAGCCUGGCUCGCCCCUGGGGCCCGGCUUGCCGCAAGGGCCUUCAUCCCCACAACA